UCGUGAGUGCUGCCAACAGGAGGUCUUGCCAAUACCUCUACCGUAAAUUAUUGACAGGACAAGCGCGUGUGACAUUCCCGUGACGGUGCGGUGACAGUAAUGUGAGGACAGUUUGUUGGGGCAUCAGGACACAUGAUGGUAAUUGCGCGAUGACGCCCGGCCUGAAAAUGGAAUCGAAAGGCACCCAGAUACACUUACCGCUGAUGGGGCGUGGGAGCAGAGGCGAGCUCAAUGAUAAAGUCACGUUCUCCCAGGGCAAAACCUUCACGGAGCAGCUCAAUAAUGGCCAAGUACUUGGUGGCUCCCAAAUGAACCUAUGCAAUGGCGCUGCGGGUGCAGCAGGAAUCACAACUCUCGUUCCCAAGAUCCCAAAUGGCUAUGGAGAUCAGAAAAAACCAAUGGCGACUCUCACACACCUGCCAAAAAGACCUCCAGUAGACAUAGAAUUCUCUGAUUUAUCCUAUUCAGUCAGCGAGGGCAGGAAGAGAGGUUACAAGUCCUUGCUUAAAUGCAUAAAUGGUACCUUUCGAUCUGGGGAGCUGACAGCCAUUAUGGGACCUUCGGGGGCAGGGAAAAGCACACUCAUGAACAUUCUAGCCGGAUAUAAAACAUCAAACGUCAGCGGAUCAAUCCUGAUAAACGGAAAAGAAAGAAAUUUGAGAAGAUUCAGAAAACUAUCCUGUUAUAUAAUGCAGGAUGACUGCCUUCUACCACAUUUGACGGUCCGGGAGGCGAUGUAUGUAUCAGCUAACCUGAAACUAGGGAAGGACAUGACAGCUACAACAAAGAAGAUAGUCAUCGAUGAAAUAUUAGAAAUGCUCGGUCUUAUCGAGGCCGGUGAUACUAGGACCAUAAAUCUAUCAGGAGGACAGAAAAAAAGACUAUCAAUAGCCUUGGAGCUAGUUAACAAUCCACCGGUAAUGUUCUUUGAUGAACCAACUUCUGGAUUGGAUAGUUCCUCGUGUUUCCAAUGCAUAUCAUUAUUAAAAUCUUUGGCUAGAGGCGGCAGGACGAUAAUCUGUACUAUCCAUCAACCGUCUGCCCGAUUAUUUGAAAUGUUUGACUUUUUAUACACUUUGACUGAUGGGCAGUGUAUCUAUCAAGGGAAGGUCACGGGUCUCGUGCCAUUUUUGUCGUCGAUGGGGCUCCACUGUCCAAGCUACCAUAACCCUGCUGAUUAUUUAAUGGAGGUAGCAAGCGGUGAACACGGUGAGUGGGUUCACAAGCUAGUAAGAGCCGUGAAUAAAGGAAACUGCGGACGGGGACAGUCUUCUUCCACAUCAUCAUCAUCAUCGUCCGUGCCUCAGAAUGUAAAUUACAAUAAUCAGCCGAAUAAGAAUAAUACUCAGAAAGAAGCUCUUUCUAUAGUUGUUGACAAACCAACGUGUACUGUGAUAGACAUGUCAGAACCGGUUCUCAAUACCGAAAAGCAGAACAUUCCAAACUCUACGAACCUCGCUCCUGUAACCUGCACCACAUCGCUAUUAGACUCCAGCGAGAGUUUCACAAAGAAGCCAGUUAAAACCGGUUUCCCGACGUCAGGGUGGAAGCAAUUUUGGAUCUUAUUGAAGCGAACCUUCCGAAGUAUUCUUAGAGACCAGACAUUGACGCAUUUAAGACUAUGUUCGCAUACGAUCGUGGGAUUGUUGAUUGGCUUCCUCUAUUACGAUAUAGGGAACGAUGCCGCCAAAGUGAUGAGCAAUGCUGGAUGCAUUUUUUUUACCGUCAUGUUCACCAUGUUUACUGCCAUGAUGCCUACCAUACUCACAUUCCCGACAGAGAUGAGCGUAUUCGUGAGAGAGCAUUUAAAUUACUGGUAUUCGUUGAAGGCUUUCUAUUUCGCAAAAACAAUGGCAGAUCUACCAUUUCAGAUAAUAUUCAGCGGCGUCUACGUGAUCAUAGUGUACUUCAUGACGGGCCAGCCGAUGCAGACCGAUCGAGUGCUGAUGUUCACGACCAUCAACAUACUCACGGCGCUAGUCUCCCAGUCUCUAGGACUUCUCAUCGGUGCCGCCAUGAAGAUAGAGACUGGGGUGUACCUGGGACCGGUCACGACAAUACCGGUCGUCUUAUUCUCCGGUUUCUUCGUAAACUUCAACGCAAUACCAAACUACCUUCGAUGGCUGACGUACUUAAGCUAUGUUAGAUAUGGCUUCGAAGGAGCCAUGCUGUCGGUAUACGGGUUCGGAAGGGAGAAGCUGUAUUGUUCGGAAGCAUACUGCCAUUUCCGGAACCCAGAUCUCUUCUUGAAGGAAAUGACGAUGGAUAAAUCGAACUUUUGGAUCGACGUUGGAGCUUUAAGCGCUCUAUUCGUCUUCAUAAGAGUAAUCUCAUAUUUAGUUCUAAGGUUUAAGUUGAAGAUGAUGCAAUAAUGAAUCGGUUGAAGUUUUUUGUUUCAAUCGAGAUUACCAGAUCUCGUUUGGAAUCGGGAUAUCCGGUCCCGUUGAAAGGUCAUUUACGCUCAAACGCUAGCUUUCCGAUAGUGUUUUUGUUAGGAAAGGUCACGAUAAAUCGCGAGAUAAACUAGAUAGCUAGACAGCACGUGUGCGGCAGUUGUACGCCCAUUACAUGUCACGGGAGAUACCUUCAGAGUAUAUUUUAGUUAGUAUCGACACAUUUAUGAAUGACAACCAGUUAUUAUCGAAUAAUUUUGUUUAUGUUUUAUCAUAAAAGGAAUCAACAUAACAAUAAUUAAUUAUGUUUACAAUGUGAUGACAUCAACAAUGGUGGCUUUAAGCCCAUUUUCGUCCGAAAACGUAAGGCAAUAAUGAUAAUAAUCGUGGCAUUUACAUUUUGGUGUGUAAUUAAUUAAAUUAACAAUUAAUUCGCACUACGAGUAAUAUAGUCAGGUGAAUUAAUUUGCCUAUUUAAUUAUGAUAAUAAUGACACGAUCUAUCAUUUAAUAAGCUUGAUGUUUAGACGGCGCAAUAGUGUUAUUCUGAUAAUUCUGUAUAUUCAAACGCUCAAGCGAUCACCGCGCGUGAUUAACUCAAUUAAAAAAAUUCAAAAUAAUGACAGGUUUGCCUGUUAAUUCUAGUUUUUAGUUGUGUAACAUAACCGCGCGUGAUUAAUUCAUUUAAAAAAAAAUUACAGGUUUUCCUGGUAAUCCUAGUUUUUACUUGUGUAACAACUAAUGAAUUGAAAAAGCUGUUGUUUACUUUCGAGUGGUAAGAUCAAACUAUUUCGAUGCAACGCUGCCAUGAUAAGUACAGGCAACUGGCAAAUUUUUAUGAAAUCACCAAAUAGAAUUUCAUGAAAUUGAGGUCUUAAAUAUGAAGUAAUCACUGUUGAACGCAUUAAAAGCGUGCAAUAAUGACAUAGCUCGUGUGUCAAGACUACAGUGCGUGAUCCUCAUUCAUCAGCGUGAGUUUUUUUAACAGAAUAACACGCCGUCGAUACAUUAACCAACCAAAUUAAAGUUCUACAUUCAGGCAUUAAACCGAAGAAAACCAAUGAUUUCAAUAUUUGUAAAAAUUCUGUUGAAAUCCGUUAAUUAAAAAAAUUGUUCUAAUCGGUUAAGAAAACGAUUGAUUCAUAUAAACCAUGUGUGAAAUACAAUUAGAUCUAUUAAUUUGCCUCUAAUGUCUACAAAGAUAACUUCGUUUAUUCCAGUUUAUUAUAUGUAUUAUCUAAUGACCAUGCUUCAUUAAUUAAAUUAAUAAGUUUAAUUAGAAUACCCAAUUUGCAUUAUUAUACAAGUUAUUUCUUUGCACUUGUAUUACAGUACAGAAUGUCAAUGUACUUAUCACACAUUUUAUAACUAACAAGUAAAUCUACUCAAAUGUUUUUCUGUGAUUUUGAAACAUUCAAUCGUUCCGUCUUUGUCAUGGCAUCCAAAUAAUAGUAAGAGAAAAAAAGACAAUUGCUUGUUGAGUUAUCAGAAUAUUGAAUGUUUCGAGUUUCUUAAGAAAAUCAAGUUGGUAUUAUGAGUUUUGAAAUUAAUAUCAGGUGCGGUCGUGAACUUAAAUUUGUGUGGUCGUGGUUCAAAUCCGUAUAUACGUUUGCAUAUUGAGUGUGGCGUGAGAUUACUGAUAGUUACAUUAUAAUGUAAGCCUUGGGAGUCGGAACGGGUUGAAAAUUACAGUUUUACUAUUCAAGAAGGAACAUUGAGUUAUUCAUUUUAAAAAACGGUGACCAGUGGUACUGGUGGAGACCAGACAUCAGUUAACAGUUGGAACAUUUUAGUAAACUAGUAUUAUAUCGAAGGAUUAAAGGAUAUAUGGCUUAAGCGACAUUUUUGCAACUUUACAGGACACGUAAUUAAAGUUUAAAAUUGGGAAAAAUAUAUCAUAAC